CACAUUCUCCUCGCCCGAACUGGUCAUCAUCCGGGAUUGCCUAGCCCAAGAGACAAAGCCCAAGUUCCCACAAGCAGCCUGGGGUGGUGUCGUUUAAAGUUCUGCUUGGAUGAGAGAAUUUUUUGAAUCGCAUCUAGAGAUAACCGAAGCACAUAACGAUCAUUCUGGAGGAUGCGCCGUAGCCUGUUUCGGAGUAGAAAAAUACAAUUUUAUAAGUACUGUUAUAAUGGCGGAUUAACAAAUGUGACAGAUCAUAUCCUCUCUGGUUGUUUUUUCUGUCUGAUGUUUUGAUACGUGAAAGCGAUUUGUGUGUUCAACAGCAACAGGCGAGCGUAUUAUUUUUGAUGUGCUUGAGGCCACAGCGCAAGACCGAGGGGAUGUAUCAAAAUGCCAUCGCAUUUGUGUCGUGGAAAGCUAAUGUAUAAUUUAUACUGUAUUUGAACAAUUAUACGUCGUUCCUUUUCAUCUUCUGGCAUUUUUUCUAUGACAGUCAUGUUUGUUUUGAGGAAUCCCUACUUGUUCUCCACCGGUGCUAUCUGGUACUAGGUCAUUCUGAUUAUUAGGCUAGUCCUUCAAAAAAUUAUCGAUAUCCAAAAAUGGCAACUCAAGUUACGGGAAGGAAAAGAGUUCCGAACAGAGACAAAAUGACAGCAGAGGAUGAUGCCCUAAGUCAAAUUGCACGGGAGGCUGAGGCGAGACUGGCAGCCAAGAGGGCGGCACGAGCAGAAGCUAGAGAGAUCCGUAUGAAAGAACUGGAGAGACAGCAGAAAGAGGUGGAGGAGAGAUCAGACUUCCUGGAAAAGAGCUCCAGGACAGCCUCCACCCUAUCAGCUGCCACUUUGGCUUCGCUGGGCGGGGCUUCCUCCCGGAGGGGGAGCUGUGAUACGUCCAUCUCAGCUGACAUGGAGGCUUCUAUACGGGAGAUUAAGGACUCCCUGGUGGAAGUGGAGGAGAAAUAUCGUAGGGCCAUGGUCUCCAACGCUCAGCUGGACAAUGAGAAGUCUAACCUGAUGUACCAGGUGGACACGCUGAAAGACACACUGAUGGAGCUUGAGGAGCUGCUAUGUGAGACACGUAGGGAAUAUGACGAGAAAUCCAAGGAGCUGGAACGCGAGCGGCAUGCGCGUAACGUCUUACAGUUUCAGUUCGAUGAGCUGAAGGAGACGCUGAAACAGAGCGAAGAGCUACUGACGAAACAUGGGAUUGUCCUUGGAAGCGAGGUGACAACCAAUGGAGAGGCAAGAGAUGGUGUGAUUGACGGGCCUAUUAGUGCAGAUUCUGCCUCGCGAUUGGCUCAUGACAACCACACGCCUGCCAUGAGUGGUGACAGCAUGCUUGAGGUCAGGCUGAGAAAACUGGUGGAAGAGAGAGAGAGUUUAAUGGAGCAGGUGAGGAAGCUAAAGGCCGUAGCGGAGCAGAAGCAGAGAAACGGGGUUGAGGAGGGGGUGAGCCCAGAGGAAGACAUCCUGCAGAACGGCCUGGAUCCUCACAUCAUAGACCUUCAGAGGGAUGCUAACAGACAAAUCAGUGACCUCAAAUUCAAGCUAGUCAAAUCAGAGCAAGAAGUCACAGCUCUUGAACAGAAUAUUGUUCGUCUGGAGGGUCAGGUCUCUCGUUAUAAAUCUGCGUCAGAGGCGGCGGAGAAGGUGGAAGAUGAGCUCAAAGUGGAAAAACGCAAACUCCAGAGAGAGCUGAGAGCGGCCCUGGAUCGCGUCGAUGAGCUGGAGGCCAGCAACAGCCACCUGACAAAGCGCCUGGAGAAGAUGAAGGCCAAUCGCAGUGCCCUGCUGGCACAGCAGUGAUGCCCACGUGACUGCCACUCUGUCUGGGCAUUUCUCUCGUUGGCCGCCCCCGGGGACACCGUCGACCUGACAUUCCCGCAUCAGCACCGUCACAUAAUCAAGCUAAAACCAGUCCAGUCUUGAUCAUGCUUAAUUACCCAGAACUGUGCCA